CUAACAGGGGUCACUUAAGGGACUUAGUGAUGGGGAAAUAAACAUUAGAUGGGAGAAAAAACUAAAAUAAUAGGCUUAUGUAAAAGCUCUCGCAAACCGUUUGAGUUCCCGCGAGAAAUUAUCAGUUUGCUAGAAUAUCUUUUGUGAUGUAAAUAAAAUGAAGUGGAAGUCAAUAAAAAAAAAAAGAAUGAAUGAAUGCUGUAUUUCAAUGUUUUUGCGAGCGAAAUAAAGUUACUCAGUACUUUUGCAAGAGAACGAAUCUAUUUUCCCUCCCAUCACGUCCACUUAUGGGCUCCAUAAUAAUAAUACACAUAUUCUAUUAUUUAUUUAGUAAAAACAAGAUCUACAAUUUAACACAUAAAUAUAAUAACUGCAGUUACUAAAUAAUGAAUCAACAUGGGACCUCCUUCAGACAGUGUACGAAGCUUUCAGAGUUCAGAAAUAUUAUUUUCGAUAACAAUAGGGGCCCAAUUCUGAGCGAGGCUCCGUUAAAUUGAUUGAUUAUAUGUAAACAUUUAACCCGAUCUAAACAAAUCUAACCGAACUCUCGCAGCUCGUGGUAGGGGCGUGACAGAGUCACGUGACUCUUCCACCGACUCCUCCGGUGCGUGGCUCGUGGCGUCGCGGCUCGCGCUGAAAGAUGGCCGCGGUGGAGCAGCGCCCGCCCGUGCGGGAGGGGAUUCGGAUCGCGGUGCUGUGCCUGUGCUGGUACACCGUCAGCUCUGGUGGUAACGUGGUCAAUAAAAUUAUCCUCAACGGCUUCCCCUAUCCGGUCACAGUGUCUCUCUUUCAUAUAGUCUCCAUCAUCGUGUUUCUCCCGCCGCUGCUGCGAGCCUGGGGCGUCCCGCGAGCGGAGUUACCGGCCCGUUACUACCGCUGGUUCAUUCUGCCGCUCGCCUUCGGGAAGUACUUCGCCUCCGUCUCGGCCCAUUUCAGCAUAUGGAAGGUCCCGGUGUCGUACGCCCACACGGUGAAGGCCACCAUGCCCAUCUGGGUGGUCCUGCUGUCACGGAUUAUCAUGAGAGAGAAGCAAACCACAAAGGUGUAUGUGUCUCUUGUACCCAUCAUUGGAGGGGUCCUGUUGGCCACGGUCACUGAACUGUCCUUUGACGUCUCUGGAUUGAUCAGCGCUCUGGCAGCUACGCUCUGCUUCUCUUUACAGAACAUAUUCUCCAAAAAGGUCUUGCGCGACACGAGGAUUCACCACCUCCAGUUACUGAACAUCCUGGGCUUCAAUGCACUCCUGUUCAUGCUGCCCACGUGGAUUCUGGUGGACUUCUCAACCUUCCUGAUGGAUGGAGACCUGACAGAGGUUUCCAACUGGACAGGAACAAUCGUGCUGCUCCUCAUUAGUGGUUUCUGCAACUUUGCACAAAACAUGAUCGCUUUCAGUGUGCUGAACCUGGUGAGCCCACUCAGUUACGCCGUGGCCAACGCAACCAAGAGGAUCAUGGUCAUCAGUAUAUCCCUGCUGAUGCUCAGGAACCCCGUCAACACCUCCAACAUCAUCGGCAUGAUGACCGCAAUACUGGGCGUCUUCCUCUAUAAUAAGGCGAAAUACGAUUCUAACCAGGAGGCCAAAAAGAAACUGCUGCCAGUUUCAGCAAAGGAUAUGGUUUCCUUCGACAAGCCCCAGUCCAACGGCUCCGGGCCCUUCGCUCACAGCUCAGACUUUCAGCACGGUCGCAGCGCAGUACUCACCGAUCACUUCGAGUACAGCCGACAGGCCCACACCACCAGUUACAGCUCCAGGCAGUAUGUUGUGUGACUCUAAACACUCUUCAGAGGAGACGACUGACGGUGUUUCAUACAGACGAGGAAGUGGCAGAAUGACUACUGCUUUUCUCAAAGGCAUGUUAUUUAUUUCAUUACAAACCCUAUUUUGUAUGGUUACCCAUUUAUGAGGAAUAUCUCAGUGGUGUGCUGGGAUAUUUUUGGCCGUUUUUUUUUUUUUUUUUGCACCGGAUGCAUUUCAACGAAGUUCAGAAUGUAACUUGUCUUGGACGUCAUCAUGCUACAGCGAGAGAGAGAGAGAGACAGACAGCCAGCGAGACCUCUGUCAUAUAUAGCACACUGAGUCACUGCAAAUACAAAUGCUUUUAAUUUGUAAAUAUUUAAUUUAUUUUUCUAGAGAAAGGUGCAUUGGUUGACCAUAUCAUGAACUGAAACACCCCAUUGGUUUGUUCUGAAACUCUAAUAUCUGUGAAGGAAUGCUUUUUUAAUUCCGGGGGUGUAAAAUUAGACUGAGCUCACUGUACAAGAUCACUUGAAUCACACAUUCAUCUGCAUGAUAAUCUGUUUUUUGUAUUGGUGUUUUAUUAAUGCUGUGCAGACGGGACUUAGCAUAUGAUAUUCGUAACUUAUGGGUCAGUUUCAUUAGUAUUAAAUGUCUGGGAAGGGAAAAUGGGGGAUUCAUAAAGCAGUUUAUUUAUUUUUAUUUUUCAGGAAACUGACAUCGUUUCAGAACUGUUGAACUCUAUGAGCUCUGUAUUCCUCUCAGUCGGGACAGCUGGAGGUGUCUCAAGCCCUUUUAGCGUGGAAAACCUGUAGUAAACAGGAUACAUCGACUCGUUAUUGGGAUAAAUAUGAUCAAAUUUGAAAAAAAUUCUAAAGAGAUUACUUUUUAGAUAUUAUUGCCCCGUUAUCAUCUUCAUUCCCAAAUGUAUGCCUGUUUUAGCUAAAUGUGUGAAGUGACAGAUUAAUAUUUUUAAGCCAGCUUUUUUCCCCUCUAUUUUUGAUUUAUUUAAUUUUUUUAAGUGUCUCGCUGCUGGAAAGUUAAGACACUUUCUGUUUUUUGGCAAAAAACAUGCUCCUGUUUGCAUAACUGCAAUAAGAAAAGAACUUGAUUCAUAACUAUAAGUGUUAUGGAUUUCAAAGCAUCAUGACAUUUUUCACGUCGUGUAUUUUGAAGGACUCUUGUCUUUAUAUUGUGAAUUAAUUGGAUCAGUUCAGGCAGAUUCAGCGGUUCAUUAACUGAUAUUGUGACUUGUGCAGCCAAAAGGAAGACUGUGUGUGUGUGUGUGUGUGUGUGUGUGUGUGUGUGUGUGUGUGUGCUCUCUUCCUUAUAGCUGUUUUUCACCGGAUGAAACCUAUCGCUCUUACUUUGUCACAUCACGCCGCUUUUCAGUGCCGAUUUCUUCUCUUCUCCCCAAUUCUUACUGCUUUUAAGUGACUGGUUGUAAUUUGUACAGGAAACAUUGGGCUUGUGCGUCGUAAUCAUUAACAAGAGAUUGUAUGCAAGUACUGGAAUCCUCAAAAUGAGAUUUUAAGGCGUUCAGGAAAGUGAUUUAUUACACAGUAAAUCAUUGUAAGUUGAGCCUAAACCCCUAAACAGCGCUCAACAGUUCCAAUAUUUAACGGAUUUUAUCUUUCUAUUCAGAAUUUCAUGCACUACUGUAGUCCUUCAUGAUUCUUCAGUAUCUUCAAGCUCUUAGACUUUUCCCCUUUUGGAGAUUGCCUUGUGUCUCUGUAAUCUGACAGUCAUGUUAAGAUCUGUUUAUUGGGUUUUCUUCGUUUGUUUUCUAUGGUGUGUUGAGACCGUUUUACUUUCAGCCGGUCUCUAUAUAUGAUUUAGUUUUUAAGAUGCCUUGGUACAGUUAAUGUUAAUGUCAUAUUUCUCCCAGUCAACUUAAAAGGUUAAAAUAUGACUUAUUUUUAAAUGUGAAAAUAAAGAAGAGUAAUUGAUAAAGUCUA